AUGACUAACAACAAACAUGAGCUAUUUGAAGUAAACACCAACAAUCGCAUUUGCAGUUGUUAACAAUCCUUUUAUUAAAUAAGGUUUAAAUCAAAGUAUCUAAAAAGGAGAUAAUAUGGGAAUAGAAUUAGAAAAAUUUAUAUUUUUUACAAUUUUGGUGCAUAUGGUGUGUGGCCAGUUUUAUGCUUAUAACGAUGAUCCUUAUAACCUGAAUAACCUGGGAAGCAGGAUUUCUGCGCAAGUACAAUCACAAGUUGCACCUUUGCAAGGUCUUGGUGAACGAAUAAAUGCUCAAGUUCAAAGGAACCUUCAACCUUUACAAUCGAGACUUGGCGAAUUGGAUGGCUUGGGUGAUAGAAUAUCAGCUCAAGUCCAUAAAGAUCUUGAGCCAGUCAGAGCUAUCGAACUUAAUUUCAAAAUGAGGGAUGGAGUCGGUGGUACCACGAUUGUAACACACCAGCCAAGUGGUCGCCAAUUUAUUUAUAAUAAUUACAAACCUUUUAUCUGCAAGGGAACCGUAGAUAUCAAAACAGGGACAUGUUCAGGAGACUUGGUGCCCUUCGAGAUAACCUCCUCAAGUCCACAAACCGACUGGUGCUACCUACGUAGUUAUAGUUUGAUCAACAACCAAAUUUGCAUAGGCCUAAAAGGAGUUAGUGUCACAAGCUUCAAUAAUCAGAUCACUUGUAAAGGUGUAGGUGAUUCUCCUACGUUUACCUCAAGUUUAGAUGAUUAUAAGAAGCUGUGCUCUGAAGUUUCUGCUUCUUCUGAGUACCGAUACAUCCCCGAUGUGAACUCUCCACAGCAUGUGGCUAUACCCAAUCAAAAUGCUCAUGUAAAGUGUGAAAAUCGUGAUAAAAACUUAUGCAUUUUUCACGAAAAUAAUUCUUUACUGAAUACAUACAGUACCUCAAACGGUUUUCAGUAUUAUAGUACCGGAAAUAAUGUAAACAUUAAUGUGGGUGGUACUUAUUAGAUUUUAUUAAAAUUCCUAUUAUGGGGAAUUUUUAGACUCUUAAAAAAAUUAUAGCCAUCUAUUAAACAAUUAAUAUUUCAGUUAUAUAAUUUACAGCAUAAAGUCUAAUACUUUACUGUUUAGAUCAUAUUAUUUAGAUGUUUUAACUGUAAUUAUAUUAAUAAGUGUACUAUAUAUAACAUAAUAUUCAAUAAACUGAAUAUGCUAUAAAAUUA